GUGAGCCAUGCCGAGCCUGCUCGUCCCAGGGAUAAUGGAAAGGAACGGCGGCUUCGGCGAUUUAGGCUGUUUCGGUGGGAGCGGCAAAGACAGAGCUCUGCUGGAGGAUGACCGGGCGCUGCAGCUCGCCCUGGACCAGCUCUGCCUGCUGGGGCUCGGAGAGCCUUCCUCCUCCUCCUCCUCCUCCGCCGCGGUGUUGGUGGAGGACAGCAACAACAACAACAAUAACCCUCCGCCGCCUCCUCCGCCGCAGCAGCCGCCGCCGCCGAACCCACCGCCGCCGCCGCAGCCGCAGCCGCCGCCGCCGCCGCCUCCGCCUCCCCCGGCCCCGAAGGGUCCGUCCGCCGCGGGCGGAGGGGCGGCGGAGCCCAAGUUGUGCGCGCUGUACAAAGAGGCCGAGCUGCGGCUGAAGAGCAGCUCCAACACCACCGAGUGCGUGCCCGUGCCGAGCUCCGAGCACGUGGCCGAGAUCGUGGGGCGCCAAGGCUGCAAGAUCAAAGCUCUGCGGGCCAAGACCAACACGUACAUCAAGACGCCGGUGCGGGGCGAGGAGCCGGUCUUCAUGGUGACGGGGCGGCGCGAGGACGUGGCCAUGGCGCGGCGGGAGAUCAUCUCGGCAGCCGAGCACUUCUCCAUGAUCCGCGCGUCGCGCAAUAAGGCCGGCACCACGUUCGGCAGCGCGCCCACCUUGCCGGGCCAGGUCACCAUCCGGGUGCGCGUCCCCUACCGCGUGGUGGGGUUGGUGGUGGGCCCGAAAGGAGCCACCAUCAAGAGGAUCCAACAGCAAACCAACACCUACAUCAUCACGCCCAGCCGGGACCGGGACCCCGUCUUCGAGAUCACCGGCGCGCCGGGCAACGUGGAACGCGCGCGGGAGGAGAUCGAGACCCACAUCGCGGUGAGGACGGGGAAGAUCUUGGAGUACAACAACGAGAACGAUUUCCUGUCCAGCAGCCCCGACUCCAGCAUGGAGAACCGCUACUCGGAGGCCUGGCGGGUGCACACGCCGGCGCCGGGCUGCAAGCCGCUCUCCACCUUCCGGCAGAACAGCCUGGGCUGCAUCGGGGACUGCUCGGUGGACCCGGUCUACGAGACGCCGCGGCUGAACGACCAAAACGACUUCAAUUACGGUUACCUCUUCCCCAACUACGGCGUCAACAAGCAAGAUCUGUACUAUGGGGUGCCGGAGUCGGGCGCCCCGAUGUGGGCCGGGCAGGAGAACACCAACCCGGUCUCGGUGCUCUUCUCGAAGCAGCAGCGCUCCAGCAGCACCGGUGCCAUCCACCCCAAUUCCCACCGCUCGCCGUCCUCUUCCAUCCAGGAGCCCAACCUCUCCGCCCUCCCCCGGCGAUCCCAGGGGGAGCCGCUCCAGGGCUUCUCCAAACUGGGGAGCACCGCCGCUGCCCGGACGUCCGUCUCCAGCAGCCGCGAGUGCAUGGUGUGCUUCGAGAGCGAAGUGACGGCGGCGCUGGUGCCGUGCGGCCAUAACCUCUUCUGCAUGGAGUGCGCCGUGAGGAUCUGCGAGAGGACUGACCCGGAGUGCCCGGUGUGCCACGCUGCAGCCACUCAGGCCAUUAGAAUAUUUUCCUAAAGAGACAGAGCCAGGAUGGGGGGUGGGGUGGGAGCGUGGGGAGGGGUUGUGGGGGGGGGGGGCCAGGAGAGAGAAGCGAUGGUAAUAAUAAUAAUAAUUAAUAAUAAUAAUAACGAGACCUGAAGAACAAACGAAGGAAAGGAUAAAUUAAUUUAAAGGAGAAGAAGUAAGGAAAAAAAAAAAAAAAGAAAAUUAUUUUACAAGCGAUGUAUGUUAUUUUUUACAAAAAAAAAACUAAAGAAAAAAGAGAAGUGAAUGACACAGUGGAAGCAAAUAGCAAAGCCAGAAAUCUGGGAGGGCAGAGGAUGCUCCACCUGCGGUGUCUUCUCUGAGGACAAAAGCUCGGAACGCACACUCACAUCUCGGAAGCGAAGCGCAUUUCGGUCAGUCCCGUGGGGGUGGGACUGGGACUCGUCAGCGUUGGCCAUGGGACGAUGGAGGACAUGGGGGGCUCCCACCAACCCUUCCCCUCCGCUCAUCAGCUGGGGCCGAAGCCCACACUGUCCUCCCUGUGCCGCCCCCAGAGGGACUCGGCUCAAUAGGGAGCUGAGAGAAAGAGAGAGAAAAAGAGGGAGGAAAACGGCCGUCGGGGAUUGGAAGAGAAAAAGGAAAAAACAAAACAAAACAGUAAUAUUAAAAAAAAAAAAAAAAAAAGAAAAAAAAAAGAAACCACCGACCUCUGGGAACCUGUUUGAACGAGGGCACAACUGUAUUACCUCAAAGAUUUAAACAAAAAACACAAAACCACAGCAGCUAAAGAGAACUUUGAUUGUUUUCCAUUUUUUGGUUGUCGGUUUUUUUUUUUGGUUGGUUUUUUUUUUUUUUUUUUGGUUGGUUUUUCUUUUAGUUUGUCGUUUUUUUCUUAAAAAAAAAGAAAAAAGAAAAAGGCAAAAAAAAAAAAAAAAAGACAAUAAUACUAAAAAAGAGUGAGAACAACGCCACGCCGUGAUAGUGAAGAAGGGUUGGAAGGAGCUCUUGGGGCACCGUUGGGCCGAUCCGCGUCUUCUGUUCCUCUGAGCCACCGCGGAGCGCGGCCACGUUGCUCCUCUUCCUCCUCCACGCAGGGAUGGAUCCGUCCGACGGAGCCGGAGUUGCUCACAGGGUAUUUCCAUACACGGUGCUUUCCUUUCCCUUUCCCUGUGCCGGAACUGAAGAGAGUCGAUGGCGCGGGAGAGCGGCGCAUCCCGACGGUGAAGCAAAAAACGCAGCAACCGAAUGCAAAACCCGGGUUUUACAGAGAUAUAAUUUUGUUGUCGUCGUUUUUAAGCCGGACCAAAAGUUUCGUUACCCGACACCGAGUUGGGGGGAAUAAAAAGAAGAAAAACAAAAACAAAAACAAAAGUAUUUCUUUAUGGACCGAAACCUCUUCAGCUGUCCGUUGUGUGGAUCUUCCUGAGGUUGGCCGCUUUUAUAUAUUCUAUUUUUUUCAAACGAAACAGAAAAAAAAAAAAAAAAAGAAAGAAAGAAAAAAAAAAACCAAGAACAAAAACACAAAAAGAAUUGCCUUGUUGAACAUCCUUUGGUCAUUUCAAGACUGCUGGUUCCGUUUGCUCCGAUCCUUUGGUUGACCGUUGGGAAGUGGGGGAGGAUGGGCGUCCGUGGGCGUCCGUUCCGGUUUGGUGCCCAUUGAUGGAUGGUUGGCAGCGUUGGGUUGGUUCGGCUGCUCUCCGGACACCAAAACGCCGCAGUGGUAAAGAUGUGUGUUGGAUUGACCCAGCAAACACCCGAACCCUCACCACCAACGCCCGUGUAUAUGUACAUAUAGGCACUUCGCUCAGCGAGCACCUGUAUGUAUGUAUAUAUCAGUGGUAUCUCUCGUUUUCUCCCACCCCGUUUCCUGCCCCUCGCAGAUCCCAGACCCCGAUUUAGAGCUGAACCAACAAGUUGCACAACUUGGCUGAGACAGUUCUACAGCAAAAAAAAAAAAAAAAAAAAAAAAAAAUCACUGUCAUCGAAAUCGCCUGCGAUUCUUUUCUUUCCCUUGGGUUUCAGGAGACUUUCAUUCCAUCAUAACGACGUUCCUGGGAACAUCCCCUCUUCUGCUCAGUUUCGCCCUCCGGAUGUGGGUGGAUGGGCGUCAAGCGGUGUACCUCCACCAUUUGGCAUCAGUGGUAAAAUUAUGACCGUAGGUGGUGAGAGGUGGACGGAGGGGUGGGCGCUGUUCCUGGGUUCUGCAAUGGAUGCUGAUGUUUUGGGAAAAAAAAAAAAAAAAAAAAAAAAGAAAUGCUGUGCUGAAGGGACGCUGUCAGGUCGGAUGUGUGCUCGCCUCCUCCCCAGAGCUUUCAGAACCCUUUGGUUCCCAUCGUGCUGCGCUGUGUGUCCAGAGCAGUUCGGGAUGUGAACAUGUGCUGGGGUGGGCACAGCCAUGUCCUUCCUAAACCUGGUUCUUGUUCCAAGUCUGGCUUUGGUUUGGUCCCCACAGGGGCGUUUUGGACAGUUGGGGACAUUACGGUGCUCUGAGCCCUCUGUGCCACCACCUGCACUGCAUCUGUAUCCCUGGGUUGCAUUGGAGCCCCAUGGUUGCAUUGGAGCCCAAUGGUUGCGUCAGAGCCCCAAUGGUUGUGUCAGAUCUCCAUGGUUGCAUUGAAGUCUAAUGGUUUGUUGGAGCCCCAUGGUUGCAUUGGAGCCCCAGUGGUUGUGUUGCAGCCCCGGUGAUUGCAUUGGAGCCCCAUGGUUGCAAUGGAGUCCCAAUGGUUGCAUCGGAGCUGUCAUGGUUGCAUCAGAGCCCCAUGGUUGCAUUGAACUCUCAUGGUUCUUUGGAGCCUCAAUUGUUGCAUUGGAGCCCCAAUGAUUGCGUUGGAGCCCCAGUUGAUGUGUUGGAGCCUGAUGAUUGCGUUGGAGCCCCAGUGGUUUCAUCAGAGCUCCGUAGAUGCGUUGAAGUCUCAUGGUUCGUUGGAGCCCCAAUGGUUGCGUUGGAGCCCCAAUUGUUGCCUUGGAGCCAAUGGUGUGUUGGAGCCCCAAUUGAUUUGUUGGAGCCUGAUGAUUGCGUUGGAGCCCCAGUGGUUUCAUCAGAGCUCCGUAGAUGCGUUGAAGUUUUAUGGUUCGUUGGAGCCCCAAUGGUUGCGUUGGAGCCCCAAUUGUUGCCUUGGAGCCAAUGGUUCGUUGGAGCCGCAUGGUUGCCGUGGAACUCCAAUGGUUGUGUUGAAGCCCAGUGGUUGUGUUGGAGUCCAGUGGUUGCAUUCGAGCCCCAGUGGUUGUGCUGGAGCCCAAGAGUACAUUGAAGCCCAAUGGUUGCAUAGAAGCCCAGUGGUUGCAUUGGAGCUGCACGUUCUGCCACGUUCUCCUGCUGAUGGGAAUAGAGUGGUUGGGUUGUGGGGCUCCAACCACCGUUCUGGGGGGCGUUUGGAUGUGUUCACUUUGGUACCGGCGGGGCUGGAGCAGGAAAUGUGAUGGCUUAAGUGCUUCCCCGGCUGAGCACCCGGAGGCCGCGUUGUUAGUUGAGUGACUAUAGUCGUUCUUGGCUGAGUGAAGUCUGUUCGUGGUAAUGUGAGCAAGUUUUUGGUCAAUGUCUUUCUUUGAUGCCAGGUUGUGAAGAGGUGGGUGGGAGCGGGGAGGGGGGAAGGAGAGAUCUGGGGGCGGGGGGAACCCGUGCUAGCACUGACCCUGGGGAAUGGGGAGGGGGGGAGGCGAGGGGCUCCUUGGCUGCUCCUUUUAUCUCUCCCCGUCCCCUAGCAAGCAGAAACGAUGUAAAAGCCUCCUGCAUGCUGGAAAAAAAAAAAACAGUAGAGAAAAUGGAAAAAAAAAAAAAAAAAAAGAAAGAAAAAAAAAGGAAAAAAAAAAAGAAACGACCUUUCUUAAAAAAAUAAUAAUAAUAAUAAUUAAAAUUUAAGAAUAAAAUAAAAUACGUAAAGGAAUGACGACCCAAACAAACAUCCGCGCUUGCUGGUGGGAACCAGGGGCUCCGUCUGUCCCGGGGGGUUCCUGCUCGAAUCUCCGAGUUGGCCUUGAAUAAAACCUUCAGUUCCAAUAACCUUUAUAUAUAUAUAUAUAUGCAUAUCUAUAUACAUAUACAUAUAUAUCGAAAGAAAGCUUGAUGUAGCAGUUCUAGUUUGAAAUGAAUAGAAGUCGUUGGGCCCCCAGUUUUGUGUUGGGUUCUCCUGCCCCCCCCCUGCCCCCCACCCCCUCCCUCUUUUCGAUGUAGCAGCUGUGCAAGAAAGGAAUCCAGGCGCUGUAGUGCACCGCAAUACCUCUGGCCCCGGGGGGGGAGGGGACACCCCAAUUGCAGGGGCUUCGACAACAAAAUUUUCCUACUUUUUUUUUUUUUUUGUCUCUUUUUUUUUUUAAAUAUAUGUAUAUAUAUAAUUAAAAAAAAAAACUAAAAAAAAAAAACUAAAAAAAAAAAAAAAAAAAAAGAAGAAGAAAAAAAUGCCCAUGACCUUAAUGAAGCAUCUGCUCUGAGUUGGAUCUUCGCGGAGAGGUGAGGCGGUGGCUCGCUGGGCUCUGUUCACCAGCAAUAACGUCCCGAUGAGCUCAGCCCUCCGUGGCCCCGUCCCGGAGGGGCGCUGGGGGUCCCGGUGGCAAUGGGCGCUGCGGGGGUGGGGGGGCUCAUCCUGCCCGCAGUGAUCCGGGCGACAGGAAUGGGCAGAGAGGGCUCAGAUGGCGACGAAGGGAUACGGAGGGCCCCGCGCCAUCACAUCGUCCCCAUCCAUGUGAACCGUAGAGUAGUGCGUGUCAAUGCAUAGCAAAAAGAGAGAGAGAACCAAAAUUGGAUUUAUACGUGAUGAGGAGAUCCGGUAGGAAGAUCUCACCCCCACUCCCAGACGUAUUUUUCAGCUGGAGGGGGGAAUCUGUGAUUUUUUUUCUCUUUUCUUCCUUUCUGAACAAAGAAAUCUCCGUACGUCCAAAGGCUCAGACUGUUAUAUCCAUGGACCGGAACGCUCCGCCGCCGCUUCGGUGUCCGAAAGGGUUUAUUUUGGUGUUUUUUAAAGAGAGAGAGAGAGAGGAGGGAAAAAAAUUAAAAAAAAAAAUAAUAAUAAGAUGAAGAUUUUAAAAAUUAGAACAUUUCUUUAUAAUUUAAUAUUCUAUUUUAAUAAAGGCAUUUAUUACGUGUAAAUGUAGCAAGGAACUGGGCUCAUAAAAAUACUUUUUAUUAGGUAAUUUAUUAUGAGAAAAGAAAAAAAAAAAAGGAUAUUUUAUUUUAUGAUAAAGUGAUCCUUAAAAGUUUAGAAGGUUUAGAAUAUAUGUAGGUUAAAAAAAAAAAAAAAUACGUUUGUAUCCAGAGUAUCGCUUACAAAGUGUUUUUAAUAUAUGUUUCCUUUUCGUUGUGUGCGUGUGUGUGUCGCGGUGAUGGUGACGGUGCAGACAGAGCCCUUUCCAGGAGUCAUCGACACCCAUGGAUGUGUCGGAGGGAUCCAAAAGAAAGAAGUGAAAAAGGUCAUUCCCAACCGCAGGAGCGAAAGCGCCGUUUUGGGGAGAAAAAGGGUUGUUUUUUGUUUUUCACCGCCCCCACUGCGACUUCGGCCCCGCGGCCGCUUCUGCUCUUUGCCUUUCAGAGAAGGAUAGGAUACGAAAAGGUGAUUGCUUUCCGUUUGUUUUGAACCAAAAAAAAAAAAAAAAAGAAAAAAGGAAAAAAAAAAAAAGAAAAAAGAAAGAAAAAAAGGAAAAAAAAAAGAGGAGGAAAAAAAAGAAAGAAGUUUUGAGUUGAUGGGUAUUAAAAAAAAAUUAAAAUAAUAAUAAGAAGAAUAAUAAUAAACGCUCAAAUUUAUUUCAUAUAAUCCUAGAGUAAAAAGUGAAAUGAAAUUAACUAGUUGAAAUAGUAGCUGUUAUCCAUAUUGUUUAAUCUAUAGUAGAUCCGAGCGGUCCCGGACAGAGCAGAAUGUAACAGACCCCACUGAUGAGAUCGCGUCGCGCUGCCCCGGGAGCUCCGUCCUUUUUGCUUUCUUUGGGGGUUUUUUUGGUACUGUUUUUCGGAGCUCAUUGAGGGACGCGGAGUGUAACGCUGACCGCGGCCGUCACCUCCCCACAAACCCUGAGGUUAUUCUUAUAGAGGGGGAAAGAAAAUAUUAAUAAUUAAUAAUGGGAUCUAGUCGUAUGUAUUUUUUUAAUAAGAUGCGUUUUGCAUUGAUGGCGGUCUUCUUUUUGUUGUUUUUGUUGUUUUGUUUUUUUAAGAAAGAAAUAGGAGGGUUUGGCUUGUUGCUGAGCAGAAAUGAGAAGGUUUGAGGCCGUACUUUGUUGCCUUAUCCCCAUCUCCAGCCCUGAGCUUGGAGCGUGGCGGCGGAGCUUUUGUUGGAACGUGCAUGGGAAUUCCAUCACCAUUCCAUCCAUGCGCUCCACGGUGCCGCCGGGUCCCCCCGCGGUGUUGGGAAUCAUUUGGGUUGGAUGAAACUCUGAGAUCAUCCAUUCCAACCCCAACUCAUCGCCACCGUGCCCAUCAUUAAGGUUGGAGGAGUCCAGUAGGGUCUUCACGUCUAACCCAAGCCAUCGCCACCUCUGCACCCACCCAUGGGAUCACAGCACUGUUGAGGGCAAUCUUAGAGGUCUCCAAACCUUAAUGAUUCCAGGACUUACUGACUUAAUGACUCGUAGGGACCCUAGGAGUCACGGUGGCCGUGGCAUGGGGUCAGACUGGAUGAGCUUGGAAGUCUUUUCCAGCAAAUCCAACUGUCCGCCUACCGCCAGUAUCACCCACUGCACCGUGUCCGGUUGGAAGGGACUGACCGGAAGGCUCCGUCCAAUGGCAAGGACCACUGGGCGCAGUUGGUCCCCUCGGAGUUGAGUCAUAGAAUCCUUUGGGUUGGAAGGGACUUUUAGAGGUCAUCCCAUCCAACUCACAGAGUUGAAUGGGGGCCAUGCGUCAGCACCCCACCCUGUGCUUGGGGGUGAGCUAGGGCGAGUUUGUUCCCUUGGCUUUUCGAUUUUGGAUUUAUGGCAUUGGUGGGGUCACUGUCGUGGGGAAGGACCUCCGAACCCUCUUGGUGUGUGUCUUUGGGGCUGUGUUCCGCCGCACUGCGCUCUGUGUAACGCCGCACCCAUGCCUGCUGUCAUCCCAUAGUUAUGGGGGAGCACACCCGGUGUCAUCCCACGGUUUGGGGGGAGCACACCCUGUGUCAUCCCAUGGAUUGAGGGGAGCACACCCUGUGUCAUCCCGUGGUUUGGGGGGAGCACACCCCGAGUCAUCCCGUGGUUCGGGGGGUCACACCGGCCCGGUGCUCACCUCUUGCCCCAAUCCAUUGUGUCACGGCGCGGCGGGCGCUGUCCCCCAUUUCAGGAGGUUCCCUCCCUCUCUCCCCCGGGGGUCCCAAAGCUUUCCCCAACCGCUGCCAUCGUCGAGGGGGGGGAGGGGAUGGACGGACGGACGGACGGACGGGGCGGCCGCUCCCAGCACUCAGCAAAGCCAUGCAGUAGGGUUAGGGCAGGAAGCGAAGGCACUUCUCCUUCGGUUUCUGCAGAUAGCACUGUGAAUCGGACACCCCUCGCUGCGCCCGCCCUGCCAGCCCCCCCCCCCCCGGGGCAGCGAGCGGCCUGUUUCCUCUUUUCCUUUUCAUUUUACCUCAUUUUGGGUUUUUGUUUUGUUUUGUUUUGUUUUGUUUUGGGGGGUUGGGGGGCGGGGUUCGAUACUUGAAGAAAAGUCAGUGCUUGACAUUGGGCAGCGGUACGCCGGGCCGGAGGGCGGAUGCACUUUAUGGGUAUUUGGGUAUAAUUGGGGGGGGUCGCAUCCUUCAGCAGCCGCAGUGCACAUGGAAGUCACCCCCAGGAGAGUGACACUGAUGGGAAAUCUGGACUCAUCCCGUUGGAUCGGGGGGAAGAAAGGAAAUCAUUCCAGUGGUGGCACCGGGUCUUCGGGCAGCUGAUGGCAGAAUGCAGCCCACUCCUGUGGCAGUGCUUCUGGGCCACCGACCUGUGUCACCUCCUGUGCCACCUUCCUUCUGUAUCACCCCCGUGCCACGUUCCUUUUAUGUCACCUCCUGUCUGCCUUCCUUCCACGUCAUCUUCUGUGCCACCUCCCUUCCAUGCCACCCCCUGCUGCCCUCCUUCCAUGUCACAGCGGUUCUGUGCCACAGUGCUUAGGAGCAGGCAGAGCGAGGUGGACGGCUGAGAUUGCAGUUCUUGGCCAUGGGACCACCAGCACUCCUUUUUCCUCUUUCCUUAUGAACUCUGCUCAAGAGUCAUUUAAAAAGGGGGAUAAUGAACCCAAAAACCCAACCACGGAAGGGUCAGAGCCCACCCCGUGGCGCUGUGCAUCCGCUCUCUGGUGGCUUCGCGCGCCCUCCUGCCCCACGGUGCUGCCCCUCCAUUUACAACCCAUUCCUCGCUACCUUAGGUUGCGUUUUCCUUAUUUUAUUUCAUUUUAUUUUUUAAUUACCAUUUCUUUUAACGUCAUAGGAAGCCUGUAGUCGGGAUUGUUACUAUUGGAAACUGAUCGCGCGCUCCAUCCAGGUAUUCCCAUCUCUCUGGCGUUAAGCAAACAAAUAAGGGCCCGAGAGAGGUAUAACCGAAGGUAGAAGUAGAGGUAGGCUCGUUGUCUGAGUUUUGAGGCAUAUAGUAUAAGGGGAGAAGGAAAAAAAAAUAAUAAUAAUAAUUAAAAAAAAAAAUUAAAAUAAUGAUGUUGCACAACUUGUAGAAAACAAAGAAGGGAAAGGGUUAAUGUAUUAAAUGUGCUAAAAUUACAUUAAGAACUUAAUUUUAUUAAAGUAUUAUUACUUAAGAAA